AUGAAUCUGAAAAAACAUUCUUUAGAAGAUGACGAUGAUUCAAGUGAUGAAGAAAAUAUUAAAGAUUUCAGAUCGGGUAAAAGAAUUAAACUAGACUCUUUAUUAGAAGAUUUAAAAUUAAAUGAGGACAAAAAUUCAACUCAUCCAUUCAUAAAUAACAAAGAAAAGGACAAAGACAAAGAUAAGGAUAAAUCAAAACGGGAUUAUGUUAUACCUAAAUAUAGCGGAGGGAUCUUUAAAAAACCUUCAAAUCCACAAUCUUAUACUUCAUCUCAAUUGGAUUCAUAUAUAAAUGAUAAAAUAGUUGAUCAUUUUCAAAAUAUAAUAACUUCAUCUUUAAAAAUCAUACGUUGGUAUAAUUAUAAAUUUUUAGUUGUAUUUAGACUACAAAAAUGGUUCAUUAAAUUAUUCAAUCGAUUUGUUAAAAAGUACAAUCUUAAAAAUAAUUCAUCAAUUAGGCCAUUUAAAAGUUAUGAUCAAAUAAUUGCUUUAAUUCAUGAAAAGUUCAUUACAUGGAAUGAUUUAAAAAAUAUAAUUGAUGAAGAGAAUAAGUUAGAAAUGAAGAGACUAUAUAUAAAAGAAGAAAAUAGGAAAACUCAAAAAGAUAAAGCUAAUAUAGAAAAAGAAACUGCAGCUUAUAAAAAUUUAGGUUAUAAUUAUUGGGAUAACUUGAAGUUUGACAAGGAUCUAGACAUGCUAGAUGCUGAUGAACUUGACAAACCGGAACCAAAAGUUGUCGAAUUAGGUGAUGUAUCUGAUGAUAACGAUGUACAAAUGAAUGAUGAUGAUGAAGCACAGACGAGAAAUGGUGCAGAUGCCAACUAUGGUUCAUAUUAUCAUUCAAGUUGA